AUGCCUCCUCUCUUCAGUCAAACUACAUCCACAACCAACCACGAUAGGCCGCCGUCUACAAAUGAUACCCAAACAGCGCCGCCGAUAGCUGGAAGACCCAGCAGCUCCCUAAAGGAAAAAACCAACCUGAUAGACGAUGUCAAACCAAGCAUCUAUCUAGGCACCAAAGAUAGACUGCCAGAAUUCAUCCUGACUGACAAAGUCGUCUUGGUGUCUGGUGCUGCACGCGGGCUGGGAUUGACGCAGGCCGAGGCCUUGCUGGAGGCUGGUGCAAUUGUCUAUGCUCUUGACCGCCUUGAAAGCCCUUCUCCCCAUUUCUAUCGCGUCCAGCAACGAGCGGCUGAAGAGCUGAACACGAAGCUCCACUACCGUCGCAUUGAUGUGCGCGAUGCCGAAGGUCUGAACGAGGUUGUCAAGGAAAUUGCAGACCAUGAAGGUCGAAUGGACGGCCUUGUUGCCGCAGCGGGCAUUCAGCAGGAAACUCCGGCGCUCGAGUACACGGCCAAGGACGCCAAUAUGAUGUUUGAGAUCAACAUCACAGGCGUGUUUAUGACUUCGCAGGCCGUGGCGAAGCAGAUGAUCAGGUUUGGCAACGGAGGGAGCAUCGUCAUGAUCGCCAGCAUGAGUGGGACGAUUGCCAACAGGGGUCUAAUCUGCCCCGCUUACAACGCUAGCAAAGCCGGCGUCCUCCAACUCGCCCGCAACCUCGCUUCGGAAUGGGGCCAGCACGGCAUCCGGGUCAACACCAUCUCUCCCGGCUACAUCGUUACAGCCAUGGUCGAGGAGCUGUUUGUGCGGUACCCCGAGCGUCGGACUGAGUGGCCGAAGCAAAACAUGCUCAAUCGGCUCAGCACACCACAGGAGUACCGAGGUGCUGCUGUGUUUUUGAUGAGUGACGCGAGCAGCUUUAUGACGGGGAGUGAUUUAAGGAUGGAUGGGGGCCAUAGUUCAUGGUAG